AUGACGGCAUCACCCACCGAUAUGGCUCUAAUCUUUAGCCUUGAAGAAGACCAAAAGAAAGAGUUGAUUGACAUGUGCAUCACUGGAGAGCUCCAAGGCUUUAUUAAAUUACGUCAACAAAGACGGAAAAACACUCAAAAGGUUCCUGAAGAAGUUCCACUAGGAUCGGAGCCGGUACUCGAAUAUAUCGAAGACCUAGAGCGGCGACGACGCAUUUUUGAGGAACUUCAUCACCUCCAAGUCCAAGUUUCAGCCUAUCAAAGGUUGAACAUGGCGGUACUUGGUGUCGUAAUGGUUGCUCCGAUACACUAUUUAGAGGCGUCCUUUGACCAAAUUCGACAUUGGGCUUGGGCGAGUGAUAGAGACGCGAAUAGAGAAGUAUGGCCGCCAUCAAUUUCGACCUCUGCACAUACCAGCACCCAAUCUACACCAGGAAUGAACACCCCAAGAGAUGUUCGAAAUGAGUUUGCUUCCGAUUUGUGCAAACAGAGGGAUAAUGACGAAUGCAUCCUCACUGGUACCUUGCAUCCCGAAGCAGCCCAAAUCUUCCCGUUGGAAACAUUAAGGCAUAGAGACCUAGGAAGAUUUGAAGGUCUACUUCAAACUUUUUGGGGCGAAGAACAAGCCAAGAUUUGGGUGGAUUUAGUUCAAAACAAAACUAUUAUUGAAUCUGCGAGGAAUCUGCUCAGCUUCAACCACCAAAUCCAUUGGUGGUUUAAGAAUGGGAAUUUAGCCCUUAAACCUCUGCGACAAUUAGACGACGGAUCAGUCGUUGUACAGUUCCAUUGGCUGAAGCGUCAUCAAAUUAAGCCAACGACCAAAUUUGAAGGCAGCGUCAACGACUUUGUGAAGAACGCCGGGCUUGAAGACAACUCAGCUUGGGGAGAUAUCAUGGCCUAUACAAAGGGUGGGCUGCCCCUUAGGACUGGACAGACUUUUACUCUCAAGGCGGAUAAGGAUAGGCCCGAAUUGGUUCCAAGCUUUGAAUUACUGAAGCUUUCCUGGGACAUGUUGCGUAUCAUUGCAAUUAGUGGUGCCGCAGAACCAAAAGCGUUGUGGAAGGAGGAUGGUCGUGGUUCGAAUACCUGGGCUGACGACGUGUCGUCUCGAUUACGAAGCUGGAUGGGCCAAGAUGAUCAAAUGGAAGAUGACGAGUCUGAGACUGUCGACUCUCGUGACUAG